AUGAGCCGGGCCGCGCAUCGGCCGGCCGCCGGGCCAGGAGGGCUGCGCGAAAGGCCACCGGGCCGCCCCGCUCGCUCCGCUCCCCGCCCGGCGCUCCAGCAGGCAGCUAAAUUAUUCACCAGCAGCAGCCGCCGCAUCCGAGCCAGCCAGCCAGCCGGCCAGCAGCCCCAGCGGGCAUCGAUCGCUGCCGAGGGCCGCGCCGCCCGGCGGGCGGGCAGGCAGGGGACGCGGCGCACCAAGGGCGCCCGCCAGACCGCCCGCCCGACCGAGGGGGCAGCUGUGGCGCGCCGGCUGGUGGGCGCGCUCCUACCUGGGGGGCCGGCGGCGGUGGCGUUGGCGGCGGGGCGGCCCAUGGGCGUCCGAGGCGAGGGGCCGGCGGGGGCGGCGGCGCCCACCUACCGCCCGCGCGCCCCGCCGCUGGCCGAGCCGGGGCCGGAGGGGCAGCCCAGCGCCGCCCGCCCGACGCCCUCGCCCUCGCCGCCGUGUCCGGCCUCCAUCUUGGUGGCGCAAGGCCGGCCCGGCCCGGCCCGGCUGGUCAAACCCCGAGAAACCGAUGCAUGCGGCCCAAGCAGCGCGCCACAUCGCGCCCCCCCCCCCCCGGAGCCCGAUGCCCGCCUGACUGGCUGGCUGGCUGGCCGGCGGCCGGGAGGGGCGCGCGCACUCCCCGGGGGCCAAGGCAGGGGCUUCAGGUCAGCCAGAGCGGCUUCAGACGCGGCCGGGCCCGACGGGAAGGCAGGCAGCGCGCACGGGCCAGUGGCCGGACUGGCCCUCUCGGGAGCCACAGACAGGGCCGAGCGCCAGGCCGCUUUGCCGGACCACACCUUGCCUGGCCUCCCAGUGCCCCGAGAGUCAGCACAGAUACCAGCAGAUGAUGAUUUUAGCCUGCACGAAGGUGAUGAAGACCUGACAAAAGCUUUGCAGACGAUGGAAGACCAGGCCAUCGAUGCCCAGAUUAUGGCUCAGCGACCAGGCCAGGCAGUGAAGCCUUCCCUGUCUGAUAUACCUGAAGCUGUGGAUGACUUCCUCUGCAAUUUUCUCGUCAGGAUGGGGAUGAACAGGACUCUGGACUGUUUUCAGACCGAAUGGUAUGAACUGAUGCAGAGAGGUUUGCUUGAACCUAAAGACAUUGGAUUUGUUCCAGAUGCAUACACCUGCAAUCAGCAUUUGGAAAGGGAAAACAAAUGUUUAAAGAAGGAACUAGAGAACUACCAGCUUGUAGCCACCAAGGCUAAGGAGGCACUGCUGAAGAUGCGGAGAGAGCGGGACUUCCACCGCAUGCACCAUAAACGAGUGGUCCAAGAAAAGAACAGGCUUGUUAACGAUAUUAAACGGCUGAAAACACAUUAUGCAUCUUAUGAGCCGAUGUUACGGCAACUGAAUGAAAAAUAUGAGACUCUGUUGAGACAGAAGAUGCUCACCACCUUGGAAAGAGACCGAGCUGUUGGGCAGAUUACUGGCUUGAGAGCCACCUUGGAAAGCUUAGAACCUGGAAGCAACAUACAGAUAUCGAUGUCUAGAGGUCAUCGGUGUGAAAGAGAGGAUGGCUUAGAAGGACCUUCCCAGAGACGCCUCAAAGAAGCCAGGGAUCUGAAACCAUAUUCCGGGGUUACUCCAAGCGACCCAACCAAAGGUCCAACGAAGCAGAUGGGCAGGAGGUAUCCAAAGGAUUCCGAGUUCCCUGAAGAUAUUCAAGUGAAUCCUUACCUUGUCCAUGCCAGAGAGUGUGUGCGGCCGCUGAAGUCUGGCGUGUACCGGCUGAGCAACACUUUGAAAGUGCAUGAUCUGGCCGUGAGCUGUUUGGCUUUGCAUCCAAGGAAAGACAUUGUUGUCACUGGCAGCGAUGACCGUCUGUGGAAGAUGUGGGCCUUUCCCAACGGCAACAUCAUCAUGAAAGGCGAAGGUCACACUGACUGGCUCUCUGGGUGCUGCUUCCAUCCAAGUGGGACAAAGCUGGUCACUUCGAGUGGAGAUACCACAGUUAGGAUCUGGGACUUCUCCAAGGGCGGGUGCCUUCUGACCUUAGAAGGCCACAGCUAUGCAGCCUGGGACUGCGCCUGGCAUUCCUGCGGAGAUUUUGUGGCUUCUGCUUCUAUGGACAAAACUAGCAAAGUCUGGGACCUAAACAGUGAGAGAUGCAGAUACACCUUGCGUGGCCAUAAGGACUCAGUAAACAGCAUCGAGUUUCUUCCUUUCUCUAACAUCAUCCUCACCAGCUCUGCAGACAAGACCCUGUCUCUUUGGGAUGCUAGAACGGGACUGUGCGCUCAGACCUUCUGUGGCCACCUGCAUUCCUGCAACCAUGCUACAUUCAACAUGAAGGGUGAUACUAUUGCUUCCUGUGACUCUUACGGUGUUUUGAAAUUGUGGGACAUUCGGAGGGGGGCACCAAUGGUAUCAAUUGAUGCUGGCCCACAUCCUGGCAACCAAGUGGCCUUUGACCCUUCUGAAGACCCUCUCUGCAGAGCCCCUGCUAGGCUGGGGGUCAACAUAUGGGAGUAUCCCGAAGUGUCUGCUUCGCCUCCUGCCGUCUAA